GAUGUUUCGUUCCUCUGGUCUCCCUCUCCGAUGGCUGUGGGCCUGUGGCAGAUAAUUAGAAAGAAAGGAGACGAAAGGUUGCUGACUUGAAGCCCAGGAUUAAGAAAAACCCAACUCUCACUAGCUCUCCCUCAUCCCAAUCAGCACCACCACUUACCUUUUGAUCGAACAACACUUCAAAGCACAAUUUUACACAGAGACAUGGAUCUUAAUGACCUCAACAAAGUAUGGGAAAUCAAACCAUUGAAAAAGAUUGGAGAAGAAGAUGCAAGGAAAGUCCUUGAAAGGGUAGCAAAACAAGUACAACCCAUCAUGAAAAAACGCAAAUGGAAAGUCAAAAUCUUGUCUGAAUUCUGUCCUGCAAAUCCAGCUCUUUUGGGGCUGAAUAUAGGAGGAGGUGCAGAGGUUAAAUUGAGAUUGAGGAGACCAAAUAAUGAGUGGGAUUUCUUUCCUUAUGAGCAAGUUCUUGAUACUAUGUUGCAUGAGCUUUGCCACAAUGAGUAUGGACCUCAUAAUUCUGGUUUUUACAACCUUCUUGAUGAAAUUAGAAAGGAAAGCGAGGAACUGAUGGCUAAAGGAAUUACUGGAACUGGGGAAGGAUUUGAUCUUCCUGGGAGACGGUUGGGUGGGUUCUCCCGUCAACCACCUCUGUCAUUAUUGCGCCAGUCUGCUUUGGCUGCCACAGAGAACAGAGCACGUCGCGAUGCUCUCUUGCCAUCAGGUCCUAAACGUGUAGGUGGUGACAGCAAUAUUAAGGCUGCGCUCAGCCCAAUACAAGCUGCUGCCAUGGCUGCAGAAAAGAGAUUACAAGAUGACUUGUGGUGUGGUUCCAAAUCUUCAGACAGUGUCGUUACUGUCAAUGGAAAUAUUGAACGUCCUGAAGGGUCAAGCACUUCCAUAAGUUCCAAGGGCAUAGCCACCCAAAUUUCGCCUGGGACAUCCAUGAAUGCUCGGGAACCAAGACAUGAUCAUCCAACAUGGCAGUGUAAUACCUGUACUCUAUUGAAUCAGCCAAUGGCGCUGGUAUGUGAAGCCUGUGGGACCCAAAGACUUAAAGAUGUUGCCAAGUUCAAGUCUUGGUCUUGUAAGUUCUGUACCUUAGAGAACAGUGUGGAAUUGGACAGGUGCAUGGCUUGUGGAGAAUGGAGAUAUUCAUAUGGCCCGCCAGCGACCCUAUAUAGGCACUUGAGAAGAUAGAUAAUAGGGCUAAGACGUGCAUCAGGAUCUGUGCCAGGCUGUGUAUAGUCCAUUUUCUACUGUGAUAUGUUUAACCUUAUGUUCUAUGCAUGUAGACGUAAAAGAGAACAGUGAUUAUAUGGGAUGAUCGUAUGUGAGCUGAAUGAAUGAAAAUGAUGAUUUUGCUAUAA